AUGGCUGAUCAGUCAGCCGAUGCGGGCGACUCUCCUUUGAAACAGAUCGCCACAAAGUAUUUUCUGUCAUGUACUGCUGCUCUUGUCGCCGAAACGGUCACGUAUCCUCUCGAUAUAACCAAAACUCGGCUUCAGAUAACUCGAAAUAAACACACUAAAGGAGGUAUGUUCCGGGUUACCUAUGAUAUUGUUCGAAGAGAAGGUGCCUUAAGCCUGUGGACAGGAGUUGGACCAGCUAUCACUCGUCAUUACAUCUAUACAGGAAUACGUAUGGGAGCGUAUGAGUCCCUUAGGGGUAUGGUUUUCCAGAAAAACGUUGAGAAAACAUUUCCGGUGUGGAAAUCAAUGCUUUGCGGUGCGACAUCCGGUCUUGUUGCUCAGUUCGCUGCUAGUCCAACGGAUCUUGUAAAGAAAAGUUGUUCAGGUUUCUUUGGCCUGUGGUUAGGCUGGAUUCCAAACUGCCAACGUGCUGCCCUCUUGAAUAUGGCCGAUAUUGCAACUUAUGAUUUCGUUAAACAUAAACUCCUAGGAGAUUUUGCGCUACGGGACAACUGGGUAACCCAUGCUCUGGCAAGUGCAUGCGCAGGACUAUCCGCUGCUGUUGUUUCACUUCCUUCGGAUGUGGUGAAAACAAGAAUGAUGGACCAAAUAAGGCAUGAACUGGAUAGGAAGAUGGCUCAUGUGCAGAGCAAGCAUGUACAGCUUUACAAUGGAUGCAUAGACUGUUUCGUGAAAAUAGUACGGCAAGAAGGAUUUUUCUCGUUAUACAAAGGAUUUUUGCCUAGUUACAUACGGAUGGCACCUUGGUCGCUCACGUUUUGGGUAUCCUACGAGGAAAUCCGCAAAUUCGUUGGAGCUCCUAGUUUUUAG